AUGCCGUUGAGAGUCCCAGGCCCAGCCUGUAUAACAUGUCGUGAAAAGUGUCGCAAAUGUGACCGCACACAACCUACCUGUCAGCGAUGCAUCUCCAAGGGUCUUGAAUGCAAAGGAUAUCCGGAGAGAUUUCGUUUUGCGGGGUUGGCCACGCGUGGAAAGUGGAAAGGUCGGGCAGUUCCUACCGUGGGCCACAGCGUGCCCCGAACCGAACUCGCCAAUGAUUCUCCAAGAGAUGUAGAACCCAACACCAGCAAAAGAUCUUCCACAACAAUAGCCAAUCCAGAUCGUGAAAAGUCCCAUGUGGUUGCUGAUUAUCCUCUGUCACAUCGAGGACGAGCUGUGGAGCUGGAUGAUCUAUUAAUGCUAGAACGGACGGGGCUUUUAUUAUCGCAUUAUGAUCGGGAGAUUUGUCCGCACCAGAUUGCGCUAUCAGAUGACAAGGCAGACAAUCCCUACCGACUCUAUAUCUUACCGCUUGCAUAUGAACAAAUUGGUCUUCUAUAUGCUGUACUCGGACUGACGGCAUGUCAUAUUGGAAUUAAGGAAGAUGAUGCUUACCUACGAGACACAUUGGCAGUCGAAUAUCAAGCAAGAGCUAUUCGUUGCCUUGGUGAAACCAUCCAGAACGGUAUUUCUGGGGAGCUAGGGGAGAAUGAACGUGAUGGAAUAUUUGCCACCAUACAGAUUCUACUACUGCAAGAUCAUGGCAAGUCCUCACUUCAGCCCCCAUUCCACCUGAAUUCUAACAUAGGAGAUAGGCUGGACAUAAUCAGAUCCCUUGCAGACCCACGAAAGCUGUGUUUCUCUCCCGCCCUCCGGGAAACAAUAGCCAAUCGAAGUGAUUUAAAAUUUGAACAAGUCAAUGGGUGUCCACGCGAACUCUUCCUUAUAAUAGGAAGUGUUCUGGAAUUUGCAAAAGCCUAUGAAUCAGGCCAUAUGGACACAAGGCAAUACGAGCGACUUCUCAAUGCCGCCCGGUAUGACCUUCACGCAUGGCAGCUAUCAUCUGGUGUAUAUCCAGACGACCAUUCACGCUGGCCGGCAGUCGCUGAAGCGUUUCGACACGCUUGUAUACUACAUACAUCCCGCUUGCUUGACGUGUACCAGCCAGCCGAGGCAACAAUAAUACAAAUAUCUGUGACGGCUGUCUUGGAUGCUAUUUCAGAGAUUCCUCCGAACUGUCACCUUAUCGAAUUGCUUGUCAUGCCGCUAUUUAUGGCCGGGACUGAUGCUUUAUCCUCCUAUGCCCGUCAUUAUGUCCUCUUGCGAUAUGAACAUAUCAAGGCUAGAGCAGGCUUUGGUCAUCCAGCUCCGAUAUCACUACUCCAGUCUGUAUGGGAUGGGCGCGGGAGACAAUCGAAGGAUGAUGAUCGCAAUGUCCCUUGGAUGUCAUUCACUCGUACGGAAUCAGAGCGCCAGCAUGAUUAUUUAAUUAUUUGA